UUACUAUAGUGCAAAGCCUACAUGCAUGUGAAUUAGUUGUGGCUCGAAUAGGAAUUUGUAGGUAGGAGUAAUGUGGUGGGCAUGGGAAUGUGAAUGUUAGUGUGAACCCUUCAUUUGGCCCGUGAUAUUUAAAGAGAAAAAUUCAUUGCUAAAUUCACUCUCUACAAGAUAUAAAGAUAGGUAUGCUUAUAUAAUUUUAAUUCUUUUGAAGAUAAUUUUAGAUAUAAUUUUAAUGUUAGGUGUAGGGUUGAAUGCAUCACAUUUUCAGUCGUGUUUAUAUGAUUCUGUUACUAAUAUUCUCUGAUCCUAGUUGACGAACUGCAUCUUUGGUUAUAAGUUGUAGGAUUUAAUCACAUCUGAUUCAAUAUUGCCUAUAAAGAUAAGGACGAUUCAGAUAAAUAUCUGUAUGAAUUUACUCGUCAUUGAUAACUAUACUCAACUUUGCUUUGACAAUCUCCAAAUCUUUUAAAGAGAAGUACUGAAGAAAAUCCCCAGAUAUUGUUAUGCACGGUUAUUCAUUCAUCUGGUCUACUCAUUCUAUGUUCUUGCUGCAAAACAUCCAGAUGCACUAUACGUAUGCUGUACAGAGUAUACAUGUUUAUUUCCGGUUCUUUGCUAUUCUGUCAUCCUUAGCUUAUAAUAUCAUAUUGCACAGUAUAACAACAUGAUUUUCCCGAACGCAUGGAAAUAGCAUUUGUUGAUUGAACAUACCUAUUUCAAUUUUUGCUGAUCCUUACUAAUCACUGUCUGGAAAAAGAUUUAUGCAAUAUUCAUAUAAAGAUCCCAUGUCUCAGUCCACCAAUUUUUUCGAGGGAAAUUCUCAUUCCACCUACCACAGCUACAUACCAGUGUAUUUUCUUCUUCUGUAUGUGAUGCAGCACAUCUUUGCAUUGCUUUCGUACUUCCAGUACUACUGUUCUCACAUUGCUUUGCAUGCAGGACAUUUUUUGGUACAUUCAUUCCUUAAUGCCACUUCGAGAUGCUGCUCGUGCUGCUUGUGUGUCUCAUUCAUUUUUACGAUCUUGGAGAUGCUAUCCCUACCUUAUGUUCAGUGAGGAGCUACUCCGAUUGCAGGAGAGUGCAUUUAGUGAUGAUGAGAGAACGAGAAAUCUCAUCAGCAAAGUUAACCACAUUUUACAAAAUCACUCAGGCAUUGGCGUGAAGAAACUAGAGCUUGUUUUCUUGGAUAGUACUGAUGUGGACUUAAGUUAUAUUGACAGUUGGCUUCACAAGGCUGUCACACGAGGGAUUGAAGAACUCACCCUGAUACUGCCUAUAAACAGCAAUGCAGAAUACAGCUUCCCAUGUUCGCUUUUAUCUGAUGGUAAUGGUAACUCGAUUCAGUAUCUUCAUCUCUCUCGCUGUGCCAUCCGCCCCACUGCUGAUCUUGGUUGCCUGAGAACAUUGACAACGUUGCAUCUAUAUUCCGUGCGAAUCACUGGGUUUGAGCUAGAGUACCUUCUUUCCAAUUCACCCGCAUUGGAGUGGUUGAUAAUGAUGGAUUGUAAAGAGAUAGUUCAGUUGAAGAUACCAAGUUGCUGAAGCGGCUCCAUACUCUUUUUGUGAGUAGAUGUCAA